AUGAAAAUUUAUCGCACUUUAGCUCAUGAGUUGUCUCACGAUCUUGUUAUGUUGAAAGAAGAUAAAGGGGAACUUCAUUCUAAUGAUAAAGACAGAGAAGAACUUAUUAAACUUUCCAAUCCUUCUACUAAUGGGAUUAAAGAUGAAGAAAAAGUAUUAAGUGUUGCUUAUUUUCCUAUUCAAUUAACUAGAAGAGAGGUGCUGAAAUUAGCAGAUGAAGAAAUGAAUAACUGUCCUCCAGAAAAAGUUAAAUUAAAAGGCGAAAAAGACAAUGAAGGUGAGGAUGAUAAAUACAAAAUUUACAUUUAUUACGAUAAAGAAAGUCCUAUCAGAGAUCAACUAAAAAGUGAAUUAUGUGAUCGUAGAGGGUUUAAGGAAAAGAAAAAUCCAAUCAAUCUAAGAAAAAGAAUGAUACUUGAUCAAGAGAUAGAUGAUAAUAAUCUUGUAGGAUAUUGUGGUUAUCAAGGUGAUGAUCGGUUUGAUGAAAUUGAACCUCAAAUCCAAAUCCCACCUAAAAAAAAAGGGCGAGUGAAUUACCAAAUUGUUUACGAUGACAUUUUGGCUGAUGAAAAAUUUAGUGAGGAAGAAAUUUAUCGGCGAGAUAUGCGGUUGGCUAACCAAGAUAAAGACCGCCAAAAAGAAGUUGAAUUGACGAUAAUGACUGAGACUGAAAUUAACAAAGUUAAGUCGGUGGAGCAAAUUAAACCUAAAUUCGGAGAAGUUUAUAAAUGUGCUUUUUAUGGAGAAAGUGUGGGUAGUGAAGUUAAAGGACAUCGCCCAGUUUUAGUUGUUUCAACCAAGAUAAAAGUAGAUAACCAAGAGGGAAAAGUGAUGACCGACCAAAUUAUAAUCUUGAUAAGCAAAGCACAAAUAACCAAUCCAGAUAGGAGAAACGCACUUAUAACAGGUGGAGGAGUCGCUGCUGAUUAUUUUACUACUGCUGCUGGUGGUAGUGUAAUAGUUAAUACUUUUUGGAAUGGUGCUAAUGGACCAAAUGAUUUAUUUCGGAAUAAUACUACUGGAAUAAUACCUGGUGCUGUUAGCGAUACCACGUUAGGUACUCAAUGUGGUAGUUUGUAUAAUGGAGGCAUAGAGAAUACUGAUAUUCAAGUGGGAGUUAGAGGAAGUCGUGAUGUUUUGGUUGUUAUUGAAGGAGUAGAAUAUUGA